CAAUAUUUAUCAUGUUCAGAACUGUAAGGAUUUCAACCUUCUGGACUUCAGUCAUUUAGUAAGCCGAGAUUUGGCGUUGGUUGUAGGUGCACUGUCCUUCAAUCAGUGGUUCACCAAGACCUGCAGCAAAGAUUUUAAACUGACACCAGAUGUGCAGGAGCAAGUAAUCUACCUUAUUAACAGGUCCACUUCUCUGCAGGAGCUCAGGCUGGAGGCUAGUGGUCUUAAAGUGGAUUUUGCUGUAAAGAUGGCGUGUGCUCUUAACAACCAACCAGCUUCUACGCUUCAGAUCAUCAACCUGUCUGCUAACCCUAUUGAGGAUAAAGGUGUAAUGGCACUGAGUCAGAGUUUGUCCCAACUACCAUGUGGUCUCAGUCAGCUGUUUCUCUCCAAGGUUUCUCUUUCUCCUAAAGGACUAGGCUGUCUUGCCCAAGUCCUGCACCAGAACAAAUUUUUCUCUCGAUCACUAACCCACCUGGACCUAAGUGGCAAUGCUGGAUGUCUGGCUACAGAGGAUGCCAUGAGCCUCUUCAGUUUCCUGUCAGCCCCAAAUGUUGUGUCCCAUCUGAAUCUGAGCUCUACCGACUGUCCUUUGGAUACACUAUUUGUGUCUCUGUCUGCUGCCUGCUACACCACACUAACCUACCUCAACCUCUCCAGAAACAUCUUCUCACAUCGGAAGGUACGAGAGGUGACACGCAGUGUGAAGGAAUUCUUUACAAAGAGCUUGGGGCUUAAGUAUGUUGGACUAUCUGCCACUAGAUUACUUCCAGAAGCUCUCAGGUUACUACUUCAGGGUUUGGCCUCCAACACCCAUCUGUCCAAUCUGGAAUUGGAUAUAAGCAGCUGUGAGCUGAGGUCAAGCGGGGCACAGGUCAUUCAGGAGCACAUCUUUGAGACCAAAGCCAUUAGCAGCCUGGAUCUUUCAGACAAUGGAUUUGAAAAUGACAUGGUAACUCUAGUGCUCUCUAUUGGACGUAGUCACUCAAUACGACACUUGGCCCUUGGACGCAACUUUGCCAUGAAGUCUAGAGCUCUGACAGAUGUUUUGCACCGAAUUGUACAGCUUAUUCAAGAAGAGGAGUGUCCUUUAGAGUCUUUAUCUGUGUGUGACUCCAAGUUGAAGACAGGUACCACCAUCCUUAUCAAUAGCCUUGGCAGCAACUCCAGCCUCUCAAAGAUCGACAUCAGUGGAAACUGUAUUGGAGACACUGGUGCCAAGAUGCUAGCUAAGGCGCUCAUGAUCAACACCAAACUCAAAGUACUGAUCUGGGACAAAAAUAAUGUGACUGCUACAGGGUUUAUGGAUGUGGCCAAUGCUUUGGAGAGGAACUUAACACUAGAGCAAAUGUCCAUACCGAUGAGUGACAUGGCUCAGUCUUACCGCACUAACCCAGAGAAGACUGAGGAGGCAAUGCAGAAGAUUCAGGCAUGCCUACGGAGGAACUGUCAAAAGUUGUGCACUACACCAGAUCAGAUGCUGAGUCUGCAGCAGGGUCUGAAGACUAACCGAUCAGAACAGCUAGUGCAAAAUCUCUGCCAGCGACUUCAGGAGACCAUGCAGCCUCUGUCCUCUUACAACAUUCAAGAAGUUCAGACAGACCUCCUGUCUGCAGAGGAAAUGCUUCAGCAUGCUAGAACAGCUAUUGCAGCUCUUCCCAAACUGUAUGAGUUGGGGAGGUUGCCCUCUGCUGCUGGGAUGGUGCAGCACAUUCUGGAUAACACAGCCAAGGCUAUAACAGAUGAGUUGACUGUGGAAAUCCAGACUAUGGUGUGCAUCAUACAAGCGGACCGAGAGGUCUUGAGCAGGGGAAUCUUGGAGCAGGCUCAGGAAAUGCUACAGUCAGCACAGGCUGCCUGCCCCCGGGUUGUCCAGAGGACUAGUGUAAAUGAACAGCUGGCCAAUCGUGUGGCCAACAAAACACGUCAGGCUGCCCACUUCGUCCAGAGAACAGUGCAACAGGCAGAGAGAAACAUAAAAGAAAAGCUAAGUGAACUAAAAGUGUCAGUUAGCAUCUCUCUGGUGGAGAGUAUCAUUGAGGAAGUUCUGCAGGACUUGUCAGUGGCGCAGCAAAAACUGGAGAAGCAUUUAAAGGAGUACUCACAGCCUUACAGUGGGAGGACCAACAUCCCCCAGCUCAGAGUGGUGGAGCAUGAGUUCCCCAUGGAUGAGUAUGUGCCUGUUAUCUGGAGGAACAGUUUUUGCACACGGAGCAUUCGUCCAGCCCCAUCCGUCAAAAGUCUGUUGGAGGCGGAAGGCGAGCAGCAGGCAAGGGCGAGUGUGCAGUCCCAGCAGGAGACAGAGGCAGACGGAGAGGCAGUGGGUGGAGGAGGUCCAUUGUCAUUGGCGACAAGCCUGUCUAUCACAGCAGGCCCCACCCUGCCUGGGAGGAAGGUGGAGUCUGGUGGCUGUGGUGCUGGUACCGUGGCUGCCUGUAGCAGUAGAGAGCCGCGGCGUUUUGAGCCCUCGCCUCCUCAGCCCCCUAUGGACCUGCCCAGCGAAGGCCACACGCUGAGGCACUACACGCGCUCCAGGCCACGACCCAACCGCCACCAUCGGCAGCCCCCCAGCAAGCCGCAGGAGCAGGCAGCUGAGUGUGAGAAUGAAGCCAAUGAAAAUAUGGGGAGGGUGGAUGAGGGCGUAGAGGAGUUCUUCACCAAGAAGAUCCUUCCUGAUGACCCACUAAAGCACCAGAGGGAGAAUCCUUCUCUCAAUGAAGCACAGCCUGCAGAGUCUACAUGUGGCACAACUUCCCCUUCCACCAGCACCUCUACAACUUCUACCACAGCCACGGCCCCAUCAAAAAAUAUUAAGAAAAAAUUUGGCGACUUUUUUGCCUUUAAGAAGGUACGAGCAGUCCGUGGAACGAAGGGUGAGGGUGCACCAGAAGGAAAGAGCAAAAAGACUUCAAUAGCAGACCUCAUUCGACCCCUUCGUGAGGCAGCUCGGGCUGAGAAGGAUCGAGAAAAAGAGCGUGAACGAGAAAAAGAGAGAGAGCGAGAAAAAGAAAAGGAGAAAGCAGAAGAGGAUAGCAUUGUCCCAGCACCCAUCAUGACUCCCACUAUUAUAGAUUUAUCCUCCACAGUACCUGCAGAAGCAAUGGCACCUCAAGCUUCCUCACCUCCUUACACACCAGUUUCUGCCCCAUCAGUCACCCCUGCCUCCACCCCCACCCCUCCUGGCUCCUCACCUGCCAAAACUGAAGAGGUCCCAAAAAUAUCCCCUGCAGCACCCCCCACUCCUACCAAAACUGAGAGCCCAGUAACAGCUGUUUUACCCCCAGUAGGAGAGAAGAGCCAAACCAUAGACAAGAGCAGGACCCCUGAUGGUGAGAGGAGGCCUAAGCCUACACGGCGCUCACUUCGUGAGGGCAAAUCUCAGUCCCUGAUUCUUCUUACAGGGCUAGAACCAGGGCAGGAUGCUGUCACCACACAAGCCAAGAAACACGCAUCUGAAAGCUCCUCUAGUUUUGAACAGCGGCUUCAUGUUAUGCUUCACCGCAUGGGGGUUGCCAAGACACCUCCCUUUGACUCCAAAAAGAGCCAGAACAAAGAUGAAGAGCUGAGAAAAGCCAACUCAGAGGGUGCAAUACUGGACAGCAAGCCUGAACCUCCGCCCACCUAUGUGAAGCCCCGCACAAUGUCCACCUCCUCAGAUACCAGACAGACUGUACGAGCAGGCAACACCGACCGACCACCACUCCCAGAACGUCCUAUGGGCCCUUUGCCCCCCAAACCAACCCCUAAACCCACCGUGGUUCCUCCAGGUGAGACCCUUCUAGCACACAGGACUGUCUCUCCCACCUCUGGGCAUCCCAGUCCCUCUCCAGAGGGUCCAUCAGCAGUGGCAGAAAGCGCAAUGACGUCCCAGAUAAAGGAGCUACCAAUGCCUUCUCCCCGAAAAGAGACACCUCCAGCCCCAUCGCCUCGUAGAGUGCACAGCACAGACCCCUGGGAGAGAGCAGAAAGAGCACAGUCUGUCACUGAAGAAACUUUACCUAAACCAUGGCCUCGCACGAAGUCCUCACCCCAGCGCCGUGCCAUCUCUGUCCAUGAGGAUACUCUACUUCAGCACGCUGCCCUGCUUAACCCAGAAGAGCUAAAAGCUGCUUUACCCCGACUACAGAGAUCACCCGUACGGAAACGGGUAAACCUAGGAGAGCUGGAGCCCUGCUCGGAAGACUUACCCGAGGUUGAGGAAGCUAAACCAGAAGCACGAGAAGACUGCAGUGGGCAGACAGAUCAGACAGACAGCAGCACUACUGCCAGUGACGACCAACCAGACAUGCUCCUACCCCGAAGUGGAGAGGAAGACACCACCCAGGAUAGAAGGGAGUCAGUCUUAGAGCAGCACACAGCGCAGGAGGAACCAUCAGACCAAAGAACUGAAACCCCCUCACCUGAGACAAACAUGGACUAAACCCUGUGCAAAUUCUAUUUUCUAUCAUGUCUAUCUUUGCCUUGCACGUCAUAUAAUGUACAAAAGAAUGAAUUAUGAACAAAUGCAUUUAAAAAAAAGUGUCAUUCAAUACAUAUACUUGUUAAUAAUUAUUAAAAAGUGAAUUCUGUUGUGUCAA